AUGAGGAGCUACAAACGUGGAUUGCACAGGUUGGAUACUGUGAGGAAUCUCUUCACAGAAACGGUGAUAAAAUAUUGGAACCCGCUGUCCAGGGAGGUGAAGUCACCGCCCGUGAAGGUGUUAAAGUCUGGACGUGGCCACGGUCUGCGGCCGUGGGGGCAGCGCGGGGCGGCAGCGCCGGGGCAGCGGCGGCCCUGCUCCGCACCCGGGCGGCGGCGACUUGAUACUUGCAAGUUCCCUGCCUUAACAGCAAUCACCAUGGAUAGUGUGUUCUUAACAGAGGACAAAGCCAACUCUGUGUUAAAAAGAUACCCAAGAGCCAACACAUUUCUGGAAGAAAUAAAGCAAGGUGACAUAGAACAUGAAUGCAGAGAAGAAAUCUGUAGCUACGAAGAAGCAAGAGAAGCAUUUGAAAAUGAGGAAAAAACGAAGGAGUUCUGGAAAGUCUACAAAAACGGACUCCAGGGAGAAAGUAACACAGGACAUAGCUGGUAUUCAUUUUACCUUGCAUUUCCAUUAAUCAUUGGCCUUUUUGUUAUCCUCAUUGUCGUUUUUGUCAUCUGGAGAUGCCUGUUUAAAAAGAAAAUGCGUAGGCAGUCGGUGUACGCGCACAGGGGAGCCCACGGAGCGCUGGGCGAUGGUGCUGACGGCAGAGGGCCCCUCCCGCCGCCUCUCAGCAUUGUUCAUUCCCCACAGGAGGAAAUGUAUGAAGUCAGUGGGCUCUCUCCAGGAGGUCUGAGCUAUUCGGAUGCACGGUCAGACUCAAUAUCCACAAGGCUCUCAAACUGUGAUCCUCCUCCUUCCUAUGAGGAAGCCACUGGGGAAAUCAGUGUGAGAAGAAGCGAAACUGAACAGCAUUUAGAUCCACCCCCACAAUACGAAGACAUUGUGAAUUCCAGUUCAGCCAAUGCCAUUGCACUAACCCCCAUUGUCACCAGUACUAAGUAAAUCAAGAAGAAUGCCACGGACCUUUUAAAUAUCAUUAAUCAUUUUGUAGCACUUUAUCUUGGCUUAUUAUGCAUUUCUGUAAUUUAACGGACUUGUAUACAAUGAAUUUCACCUUUUUUUGGUUCACUCGUUCUUUGGGUUUGGGAUUUUUUUUCCCCUAUCGAAUGUCUUAAAAGAUAAGGAAUCUGUAUUGAGAGUGUAGUGCAGAUACAGAUGUGGUGCUCUGUCAUACUUCUCAAAAGUACCUCUGUUUUGAAGGAUGUCACUUGUUUUAUUCCAAACACUGUCCACAUUCCCCACAAGAUUUGUGGGAUCCCUCUCCCCCUUCUUACUGCAGACUGUCAGAAUUCCCUGCAAUAGGGAAUCCUUAAGCAACAUUUUAAUAGUUACUAACACUAGAGGGGACUGAUUUUGCAGUAUUGCCUCUUGUCUGGUUGGUUCCUUUUUGUCACUUGGAUUUUUUUUACAUACUGCACCCUCUCCUGACCCUCUGGAGCCUUUGUGUUCAAACCAGGAUCUCGUGUAGAGAAUGCUGGUGUAAGAGCAAUAAUUCCAGAGUCCUAGCAGGAGAGGUGUAUUCUAAAGCUUUUGCUAUUACAGCUCAAAAUUCUGUAAAUGCUUAGAAUCUGACAAUUCAAGACACUAAUUGGUGAAUUUAAUGGUGUAAGUUUUUGUCCGUGUUCUGCCUUUCCUGUUUUCCUAUCUGGUUUUACUUUUGUAUUCUAGAGGUGAGUGCAUAUUUUAACUUCAGAACUUGAAAGUUCAUGCAAUAGUAAUAGUGGAGUACUCAAGAGUGGAUAAAAUCCUGAACAUGGACUUCCUACUGUGAUUUUCAGGUGGGACCAGGAUGCAAUCUAUAAGCACAUACACCCAAAGGCAUUACUUUCCUUUUUCAAGGGGGAAAAUGGAAAGAAAUUCAGUGUCUGAGACUUCUUUUUUUCUCCAACUAAUAAAACCUUCCUCAAGGUUUUGCCACCUAUAAACCCCUUCCUCAAGUUCUGAUACUCCCUUGCCUACUGACACGUACCUUGUGUGCACCUUGUACUGGUGCCUGUGGAAAUUCUUUGCAGAGAAUAUAAAUAUCUUUUCACAACAACAAAUAAAUUUAUUGCUUAUCCAUUCCAACAAGGAAUUCUAAGAGCAUGCAGGCAUAACCCCAAGCAUUAGUGUGGAGUGACUUUUUAAGGCUGAAGAGGUGGAUGCAGGUUACAUACAGGCUUGUACAGAAUUCCAUCCACUUGGUUUGGGUGGUACAAAUUCUAGUGUGGUGAUUCUUCUUUCACAGGUUGAUUUAAAAGUUAAUUGCUCAGUUUAAUUUCUGAGUAUUAAGUUUCACUUUUCUUAAUUCUCACACCAAGUAGCAUGGCAUUAGCUUAAUACUAUUCUGUGUUCUACUAAUCAAUUAACACCAACUGAAAUGUGUUGAGCCCUGGAGGACUAAAUUAUGUUGUGUUGGCUUUCUUACAACAGAAACCCAAAGUGUCUUGUUCCAAACACCCCAAAUGAAAUGCCAGUGCCAUCUGUUUGAAAUUGCUCUUAAUGGCCUUCUCAUGGGGGCUUGGCCCAACUGUUCCCAAAGGAUUUUUAUGGAAGGAGACUGGAAGGAAAUGGAUGGUUAUAGAUGGGUGUGGAAGCGUGCACUUUGAUAAGAAUAUGAUCUGACAUACUGACAAGUGGAGUCAGGAGUUCUCGUUUCUGGCAAAGAGCAGGUUGCCUUUAUUGCCUGCUGGGCAUCUUCAGCUGCUAUGGCAAGUUUUAUUAAAGAUGAACUCCUGGCCAAACUUCUGACUCCAGUUCUGUCAGAACUGUAACUCAUAUUUAUAUUCAUUAUAUAUAAUUGAUGUAUUAAGAUAAAUGGAUAAGUACAGUAUGUUUUGGACACUUGUAGUAAAAACUGCCUGGGUUUUGUUUGUGGAUUGUCAGACCUUUUCUUUUGAAGUGGUUUUAGCUCUUGUGAAUCCUGAAUUGCCACUUGUGGAAGUUAAAGCUCCUUUCAUACCGAGCAAGAGUUAAUAAAUACACUGCUUUAGGCAGAUUCACCAGAACAAAGUGCCUCAUCCCAGCAUGCAGAAACCACCUCAGAAAGAGCUGGUACUUCAGUGUCUGUGCCAUAUUGGCACCUCCUGUGCCUGCCAGCACAGGUAGCAGUUUUAGCAGUAACUUCCUUGUCAGGAUAUAGCCCUUUCCUUAGGAAAUGCAUGGAGAUCACCCGUGUCACAUUAGGUUGUUAAGCAGCUGUCAUCAACCCCUGAACAUGGGCAGUCUGCUUAAUAGUUUAGAGAUGAGCUGGCUUUUCCUUUUAUUCUGUAUUUUCUUUACUCUGUAUUCCACUACCACUUUUAAAGGGUUUGUUUCUGCCUCCUAAGUUGAGUGUGUUACUUUGUUACUGUGUCCUGUAGAUAUUUUUAUGUGCAAUCCAAAAUUGAUGCUUGCCAUUCCAAAAAAAGUCACAACCAAAAACUUAAAGUGAUCUAUGACUUGAAUUAAUUGGACAAUGCCUUUUCCAUGAGUACAUGAGUAUGAAAGCCAUUGUGGGCUAUAAAUUUAUUUCUUGAAUAAAUUUGAUACUUAAAUGAAACCUGUGUGGGACAGUUGUGCAAAUGCAUUUCCUCUAAAACAUGAACAGUUUUCUCCAUGUUGGAAUAGUGUCAACUUACAAAUUGAUUGUUCUGUUUUGUGAAAUGUGGGAAAAUAGCUUAGUCUUGUAGUUGACUUUUCUAACCUGAUUGAAAAAUAAAAUUUUAUUUGUACUGGGGUUUUCUACAACUUUUUUUCCUUGUUGUUUUACCUAUCUUGUAAUUGCAUUGUCAUGCAAAAAAUAAAAAUUUAUUGUUGUACCUCUCUAAGGUUUUACAACUCUGAAUGCAGUGCUGUCUUGACUGUUGACACAAAUAGUCAGGAUGCUGCCUUUCCCACUUCUGAAUGUAACAUUGAAUUUCAUCUUGUAUUAGGACUGAAAUGAUUUAGCUACUAAAACUAACUUAAAGGUGGCACUGUUUUAAGAAAUUAUGGAAAUUGAUUAUUUGCUUAGAUGAUAUUAACAUUAGUGAAGGUUAUUCUCUCUUCACUGGAUGUAAAUAACCUCUGAUUACAGUAUUGUAUAUUUUAAAGGGGUUUGGUUUACAUUAAAUUAUCCUAUUUAAACAUUUUUGCCUAUGUUGUUUAUAGAAAAUUUUUGUAACAUUUGUUUUUCAAUAUCCUAAAUAAAAAUUUUUAAGAUGCCUCUAAUUUUUCAAAAUACCCAUUUUACACAACUAAAGUGAGUAUUAACUGUGUAUUUAAGUGGUCUUUUAAUUUCCAUUGUUCCAUGAACUUACUCAGUUUCAUGAAGCAAUUUGAUUUGAUGAUAUAAAAUACAAAUAUAAUUUUGUUUGUGGGUAGGCAAGUCUAUCGUUUUAAAAUUCAGGAUCAGUUUUUAUCAGAGUUGUGAAUUUGUAGUGUUUCCUGUUUUUUAAAAAAAGCAUUUAACACUGAGAGCAUUUGCAUAGAGUCUGGUGUUAAUAAAACCAAGGUUGUGGGUUCAAUUCCUGUAUGGGUUGUUCACUUAAGAGUUGGACUUGAUGAUCCUUCUUGGUCCCUUCCAAUUCAGAAUAUUCUGUGAUUUGUUGUAGCCAUAGCUAAGUAAAGUCUCAGGCUGAGGGAAAACAAACUAGCAAAAAAUGUUGGAGGAUUUAAUUUCAAUGUUCCCCUCAGCCACUUGAAAGUGAUUACAAAAUGUCAUGUCAGCUCCAGGAAUGAUGAAUUAACAGAGAACAAAACCAAACCCAACCUUGUGUAAUGAUCCCUGCUGGAAACUGAAGGUCUCCAUUGCAGGCAGCACCAAGUGGGUGUCAUUCCUUCCGCUCUGGUAAUCAGGAUAAAGUGUCCCUGGGCUUGUUCCCCAGGGCAGCCUCUGUGGGAGAGGCUACAGAAGCCCAGAGUGAGGUUUGUGUCUCAGAGCUGUGAACUCAAGUGCAGUUUUGUGCUGCUCAUAACAAAAGGACACAGAAAGGUCCUUGAAGCAGCAGAGGGCAGUGACUUUCCAAGCUGUCAGUGCCCAGUGUGGCCCUGUGCUCCCCUUGGGAAUCUUCCAUUUGUGUAUCCCAGGCCAACUCUGUCCGAACAGGAUGCUCUGUCCUGGGUUAGGUGGGGCUGGCUGUGCACACACACAUUUGUGUCCUGCCACACAUCCAUCAGCAGGGGCUGGCCUGUGACCAUGGCUCAGUGCCCCUGCAGGCCUGGCUCCCAGCUAUGGGAACGUGGGGAUACAGUGCUAAACUGGUGCCAUGAAUCUCAGUGUCUAUAAAAAUCAGAUCAUUGUACAGGUUACCAGUGAUGAAUGUUCAUUAUUUAUUGUUUCUUAUGCCCAGAGCACUGUGCUGUGCUGCUCUAAAUCACACUGAUAGAUUUCUUUUUAUUUUCUGCAUAAUGUGAGCUUUGUAAAUGUCUCCUAGUGCCACUUGCUGAUUUUUAAAAAGAAGGAAAACCAUGUUCAGCUGAAAGCACUGAGGUGACAUCUGUACUUUUUCAUUGCUUGCUGCACACACAUUUGAUUGAUUCGCUACAGGGUAAUUGAACUUUGAAUUUUGCCAGAAGUUGAAGUUCUUCUGCAGGGGUAUCUUGGUAAUUGUAUUUUUCAUUUGGCAGUGAGUUAUUGAAUGCUAAGUAACAAAUCAGUUCAGGAAAGGUCUUUCUUAUGCUAUGUUGACCAUAUCUAUCUAUCUGGAGGUAGAUACAGAUAUCUCCAACACAUAUAUUGUACAGCAUAUCAUACAGGACUUGCUUAUGUUUACAUCUCUGUGGAUGUUUGCUAUAAUGUUAGACCUGUGUCCUCUUUGCCUGUCCUGUCUCUGUGUAUCCUGCAAUAAAGACACACUGACUGCUG